GAAUCACCCUGUGUUUGUCAACCAAAAACCCUAACCUCAAUCGUUACUUGCAUUUUUGUGCGUUUUGCUAGCUUUUCUUAUUUGUUUCUCAAGAAAUUCUCCAGAAAUUAGAAAUGGAGACAAUAAUUGGACUGAAGGGAAAGGAUUUUGUGAUGAUUGCUGCUGAUUGCAGUCAUGCCCAUUCGAUAAUUCUGCUGAAAGAAGAUGAGAAUAAAAUCAGCAAAAUCUCCGAUAAUCUGAUGAUGGCAACGACUGGAGAAUCAGGAGACACUGUUCAGUUCACCGAGUACAUUGGAAAGAAUAUUGCUCUGUAUAAAAUGAGAAAUGGAUAUGAAUUGGGACCGAAAGCCGCUGCUCAUUUUACCAGAAAGAAUCUUGCAGAUUGCCUCAGGUCACGAUCACCGUACUUUGUGAACCUCCUGGUGGCAGGAUAUGAUGAAAAGGAGGGAUCUGAAUUGCACUACAUUGACUAUCUGGCCAAUGCCAAGUCUGUGAAUUAUGCUGGACAUGGAUAUGGAGGAAUGUUCUGUGCCAGUAUCUUUGACAGAUACUACAACUCCAAUAUUUCCCAAGAUGAUGCCUAUGAGAUCCUCAAGAAAUGCGUUGCGGAGAUCCAGAAGAGACUUAUCAUCAAUCUAAGCACCUUUAAUGUGGCCGUAGUGGACAAAAAUGGCAUGAAAUAUCUUGAGAAUAUUACAUCGAAAAGUCCAGCAGCCUAGGAGGGAUACUCAAGGUAAAUACCUCUCAGAUAAAUGGUCUUUUUUAUCAAUUAAAAUAAACAAUUUCAGUAAAUAAAA